CCGGAUCUCUCAUGGGAGGAAGGUGGCGUGCAGAGUGUUAUUUGUGCUCUUCCAAGGAUCAAAGCAUCAGCUGGAAGACAAAGAGGAUGGCUAUAACAGCACUCCGGAUGACUGAGAAUAACAAGCAACAUUGAAAAGGAAAGCAAAUCAAGCCAGAAAUCAAAGUAUUUUCCAUUUCCCACUGAUUAGGGGCAAAAGGCAGUUCCUCUUCCUCCUCACUGACUGGCUGCAGCUGCAUGCUUUCCGCAACCAAAGCCUCAGGAUUCCUGCUGCAGCUGUGCUUCAGCCAAAUCCUUGUCAAACAACUGACUGGAGCCAUUGAUCUACUCCCCUCCAGAUGUUGGCCAGAGGUGAUUCAUCUUCCUCUGAACUGACAUCUGAAGAGUGAUCGGGGAAAGCAUCUGAAGGAGUCAUCACAGGAAGAUAGUAAUACAGGCCUCGAAUUGGGAGGAAGCAAACACCUGCAAUCAAAGCAAAACUAAACGGGAUCACACAUAUUUUUGACCUCCUCAAUAAUAUCAGUGGUGGAAAAGCUCCAUAGAUGUGCCUGUUGUGGGGAAAGCACAGAUUUCAAAUCACAACUGAUUAUGCAUAAGAUGAUCCACACUGGAAAAAAGCCAUAUUAAUGCUACAAAUGUGACAAAAGCUUUUGUCAGAAUAGUUCUCUUGUGGUUCAUAGAAAGACCCAUAGAGGACAGAUGCCCUUCAACUGCUCUCAAUGUGGCAAAUGCUUUCGCAAGCAGGGCAAUCUGGUGAUACAUCAGAGGACUCACACCAGGGAGAAACCAUGUGAGUGUACAGUUUGUGGAAAAAGAUUCAUUGCAAAUUCCCACCUGGUGAGACACGAGAGGACUCACACAGGAGAGAAACCAUAUGACUGUCCACAGUGUGGGAAAAGUUUCAGUCAGAAUUCCACCCUGGUGAACCACCAGAGGACUCACACAGGAGACAAACCCUUUGAAUGUCCUGAUUGUGUGAAACGUUUCAGUCAGAAUUCUGACCUGGUGAACCACCAGAGGACUCACAAAGGAGAGAAACCAUUUGAAUGUCCUCAGUGUGGGAAAAGUUUCAGUCAGAAUUCCAACCUGGUGAACCACCAGAGGACUCACACAUUAGAGAUUCCUUUUGAAUGUCCUGAUUGUGGGAAAUGUUUUGGUUACCAUUCUAAUCUUGUGAUGCACCAGAGGAUUCACACAGGAGAGAAACCAUUUGAAUGUCUUGAUUGUGGGAAAAGUUUCCUUGCAAAUUCCCACCUGGUGAACCACCAAAGGACUCACACAGGAGAGAAACCAUAUGAGUGUCCCGACUGUGGGAAAUGUUUCAUUCAGUGUUCCAACCUGGUGAUACAUCAAAGGUCUCACACUGGAGAGAAGCCCUUUGAAUGUCCUGAUUGUGCAAAACGUUUCAGUCAGAAUUCCAACCUGGUGAACCACCAGAGGACUCACACAGGAGAGAAACCUUAUGAGUGUCCACUUUGUGGAAGAAGUUUCAUUUCAAAUUCCCACCUGGUGAAACACCAGAGGACUCACACAGGAGAGAACCCAUAUGACUGUCCACAGUGUGGGAAAAGUUUCAGUCAGAAUUCCAACCUGAUGAACCACCAGAGGACUCACACAGGAGAGAAACCAUAUGAGUGUCCACAGUGUGGGAAAAGUUUCAGUCAGAAUUCCAACCUGAUGAACCACCAGAGGACUCACACAGGAGAGAAACCAUAUGAGUGUCCACAGUGUGGGAAAAGUUUCAGUCAGAAUUCCAACCUGGUGAUCCACCAAAGGAUUCACACAGGAGAGAAACCAUAUGAGUGUCCACAGUGUGGGAAAAGUUUCAGUCGGAAUUCCAACCUGGUGAUCCACCAAAGGAUUCACACAGGAGAGAAACCAUUUGAGUGUCCUCAGUGUGGGAAAAGUUUCAGUCAGAAUUCCUACCUGGUGAGACACCAGAGGACUCACACAGGAGAGAAACCAUAUGAGUGUCCACAGUGCGGGAAAAGUUUCAGUCAGAAUUCUGACCUGGUGAGACACCAGAGGACUCACACAGGAGAUAAAUCAUAUGAGUGUCCACAGUGUGGGAAAAGUUUCAGUCACAAUUCCAACCUGGUGAACCACCAGAGGACUCACACAGGAGAGAAACCUUAUAAGUGUCCAGUUUGUAGAAGAAGUUUCAUUUCAAAUUCCGACCUGGUGAACCACCAGAGGACUCACACAGGAGAGAAAUCUUAUAAGUGUCCAGUUUGUAGAAGAAGUUUUAUUUCAAAUUCCAACCUGGUGAAACACCAGAGGACUCACACAGGAGAGAAACCAUAUGAGUGUCCACAGUGUGGGAAAAGUUUCAGUCAGAAUUCCAACCUGAUGAAUCACCAGAGCAGUCACACAGGAGAGAAACCCUUUGAAUGUCCUGACUGUGGGAAAUGUUUCAUUCAGAAUUCACACUUGGUGAUACAUCAAAGGUCUCACACUGGAGAGAAGCCCUUUGAAUGUCCUGAAUGUGGGAAAAGUUUCAUUCACAAUUCACACUUGGUGAUACAUCAAAGGUCUCACACUGGAGAGAAGCCCUUUGAAUGUCCUGAAUGUGGGAAAAGUUUCAUUCAGAAUUCACACUUGGUGAGACACCAGAGGACUCACACAGGAGAGAAACCGUAUGAAUGUCCAGAGUGUAAGAAAAGUUUCACAAGAGCAUUUUUAAGUGAACACCAGAGGACUCACACAGGAGAGAAACCAUAUGAGUGUCCACAGUGUGGGAAAAGUUUCAGUCAGAAUUCCAACCUGGUGAACCACCAGAGGACUCACACAGGAAAGAAACCUUAUGAGUGUCCAGUUUGUGGAAAAAGUUUCAUUUCAAAUUCCCACCUGGUGAGACACCAGAGGACUCACACAGGAGAGAAACCAUAUGAGUGUCCUGAUUGUGGGAAACGUUUCCUUACAAAUUUCCAGCUGGUGAUCCACCAGAGGACUCACACAGGAGAGAAACCAUAUGAGUGUCCACAGUGUGGGAAAAGUUUCAGUCAGAAUUCCACCCUGGUGAACCACCAAAGGACUCACACAGGAGAGAAACCCUUUGAAUGUCUUGAUUGUGGGAAACGUUUUGGGUACCAUUGUAAUCUUUUGAUGCACCAGAUGAUUCACACAGGAGAGAAACCAUUUGAAUGUCCUGCUUGUGGGAAAAGUUUCAGAAAGAAUUCUGACCUGGUGAUCCACCAGAGGACUCACACAGGAGAGAAACCUUACGAGUGUCCAGUUUGUGGAAGAAGUUUCAGAAGGAAUUCUGACUUGGUGAGACACCAGAGGACUCACACAGGAGAGAAACCAUAUGAGUGUCCAGUUUGUGGAAGAAGUUUCAUUUCAAAUUCCCACCUGGUGAAACACGAGAGGACUCACACAGGAGAGAAACCUUACGAGUGUCCACUUUGUGGAAGAAGUUUCAUUUCAAAUUCCGAUCUGGUGAAACACCAGAGGACUCACACAGGAGAGAAACCUUACGGGUGUCCAGUUUGUGGAAGAAGUUUCAUUUCAAAUUCCGACCUGGUGAAACACCAGAGGACUCACACAGGAGAGAAACCUUAUGAGUGUCCAGUUUGUGGAAGAAGUUUCAUUUCAAAUUCCGACCUUGUGAGACACCAGAGGACUCACACAGGAGAUAAACCAUAUGAGUGUCCACAGUGUGGGAAAGGUUUCAGUCAGAAUUCCCACCUGGUGAACCACCAGAGGACUCACACAGGAGAGAAACACUUUGAAUGUCUUGAUUGUGGGGAAAGUUUUGGUUACCAUUCUAAUCUUGUGAUACACCAGAGGACUCAUACUGGAGAGAAACCCUUUGAAUGUCCUGAUUGUGGGAAAUGUUUCAGUCUCAAUUCCAGUCUAAUAAUACACCAGAGGACACACACUGGAGAGAAACCUUAUGAGUGUCCACAGUGUGGGAAAAGUUUCAGUAAGAAUUCCCACCUGGUGAGCCACCAGAGGACUCACACAUGAGAGAAACCCUUUGAAUGUCUUGAUUGUGGGAAAAGUUUUGGUUACCAUUCUAAUCUUGUGAUGCACCAGAGGAUUCACACCAGAGAGAAGCCCUUUGAAUGUCCUGAAUGUGGGAAAUGUUUCAUUCAGUAUUCCAACCUGGUGAUACAUCAAAGGUCUCACACCGAGAGAAGCCCUUUGAAUGUCCUGAAUGUGGGAAAAGUUUCAUUCAGAAUUCACACUUGGUGAGACACCAGAGGACUCACACAGGAGAGAAACGAUAUGAAUGCCCAGAGUGUAAGGAAAGUUUCACUUCUGUGCUUCUGAAACACCGGAUGACACAUACAGAAGAGAAACUAUAAAAGGAUCCAGAUUAUGGGAAUGAUUUCGAUAUCAGGCCUAACAUUAUAAGCCAUGUACCUUUAUACACAAGGGAAAAAUUUCAAAUCUCCGUCUAUAGUGUUUCAGAAGUAAGUCACCUCUUAUUCAGGGGUGAGUUCCUGCCAGUUCUAACCUCUUCUAUAGAACAGGUUCCACAAAUCUACUGUGCCAUUUAGAACAGGUUCCAGCUCCCUCCCCCUGCACCACGCUUGUCCCACCCAUCUCUCACUGAAUGGCUGCCCCGCCCGCCUCUAAGAGUCCUAUCUAAACCUUAAAGUCUUAAAGCUGUCAAGUUUGAACAUCCCUGGGAU